AUGGCCUGGUUUGGCCCAGCUGUAGCUCCGCCAGUGCUCAAGGGUGACGAGCCUUCACUCAUGGAGAUCCUCAAAGGCAAUAAGCCAUUUCUUAAGUUCUUCACAGGCAGAAAGCCAUUGCUCAAUGAAAUCGAAAAAGAAUUUACUCAGAGAAUAAUUGGCAAGGUGCUGCAGCCCACACAAUACAAAGAACAGGUUGUUGAACACACACAUUCGCCGCCUGAUGCAAAGAAAUAUCCAACUGCACAGGAAGGUUGUUUUAUCCAUGAUGCCUGUAAGAUUUCUGAAGCGCUGUUGUCUUUGGGUGAUGAGAGCAAGACAUGGGAGGUGAUCGAAGGUGUGUGGGUGGAGAUGCUCUGUUUCUCAGCCAGUAGGUGCCGAGGGUACCUACACGCAAAGAGCCUGGGCACUGGCCCUGAGCUCCUCACUUAUGUCUGGCUGCUGCUAUCACACAUAGGGAUGGAGACCUUGCAGGAGAGGCUGCAGAGGACAGAGCUUUCAAAUGAAGAAGGAAAUGCCGGUGCCCCUCCAUCGACUUCCCAGAUACCUGGGAGCGAAGAUCCACCUCCUUGCAGACGCUCAAGGCCUCAUGAAGCUGCUGCUGCCGGCGCAUCCAUCUCUGAAUCCGAAGAAAUAGUACCAGCUGAAUAA